UUGAUUUUCUUCCUCUACUAUCGGGCGGGCAACGAUUUCUUUGGUGCGCUCGACUUGAGCGUCCUUAUAAAAGCGAGGGCUGCCUGCGGAGGAUUUCAGUAACUAUCAUGCGCAGCACAGCUAAACUGACAGCGAUCCUCCUGGUCGGCCUCUUGGCCGUGGCCUUUGCCGAGGAUAAAUUGAAGAAGGACACAAAACCAGAAAUCAAAAAGGAGGACAAGCCCAAGAGAGGAUUGGAUCAUGUCCUGGGUGAUCAUGGUGGUAUUGGCGUAGGUCUUGGUGGUAUUGGCGUCGGUCUUGGUCUCGAAGGUGGAUUAGGUCACACCGAGCACAUUGAAACAGAACACAUUAAAGCUGUGACAAUAACAAAGCACAUUCACGUGCCACAACCAUAUCCAGUGCAUGUCGAUAAGCACGUGCCAGUUCCAGUUAAAGUUAAAGUACCAGUCAAAGUCGACCGUCCCUAUCCAGUACAUGUCCCAGUUCCAGUUCAUGUCCCAGUUGAGGUACCAUACCCAGUGAAGGUGCCCGUCAAGGUUCCAGUCGAGGUACACAAGCACGUCCCAUAUCCAGUCAAGGUCCCCGUUGUUGUCAAGGAACCAUAUCCAGUUUACGUUAAGGAGCAUUCUCAUCAUGGCUGGGAUCAAGGACUCGGUGAUAUCGGCAGCUGGGGUGGACAUCAUUACUGAGCUGUAUUUUUAAAUAAUCUUUGCCCUAUUAUUGAAAAAUUUCCCGGACUUGUGAAAAUUUAGUGCAAGGAAGUAUGAAUUUUUAAUUAUAUUUAUAUGUGUAUCCUAUGGAUAUAGAAAUUUUUUCUUACAAAAUCUCUUGUUUCUUUUUAAUUCAUUUUUUCAAUUGAUCUUUUUGGUCCUAAAUUCGAUGGACAUUGAAAUUCUUUGUCCGGGUGUUAGAUUUUUAGUUAAUUAAUUGUUUUCCGGCGAUGAUAAAGCUGGAUUGUUUUGUACUUGAUGAAAAAGAAAAUAAAAAUAUGUGAACUCGUGCGAAAUAGAUCUAAGUUGAGAAAAACACCAAUAAUGUAUUCAUUGUGAUGUAAAUUGGAAUGUAAAAUAUUUGUAUUUUUUUCUACACGAAUAAAUAGAAGUGAAUACUUUUUAUUUAAGAAAAGGAA